CGCGCGCCCCGCCCCCGCGCUGCCCGCGGCGCGGCGAGAAAGUAGAGAGAGAGAGGGAAAAGUCGGAUCGCGGCGAGCAUGGGCUCUGCCUCGUCCAGCUACCGGCCCAAGGCCAUCUACCUGGACAUCGAUGGACGCAUCCAGAAGGUGGUCUUCAGCAGGUACUGCAACUCCAGUGACAUCAUGGACCUGUUCUGUAUUGCCACCGGCCUGCCCCGAAACACAACCAUCUCCCUCCUGACCACGGACGACGCCAUGGUCUCCAUCGACCCCACCAUGCCUGCGAACUCGGAGCGGACGCCCUACAAGGUGAGGCCCGUGGCCGUCAAGCAGCUCUCAGAGAGAGAAGAAUUCGUGCAGAGUGUGCUGGCCCAGGUGGCAGAGCAAUUCUCCAGGGCGUUCAAGAUUAACGAGCUGAAAGCGGAAGUUGCAGACCACCUGGCGGCCCUUGAGAAGCGCGUGGAACUGGAAGGACUCAAGGUGGUGGAGAUUGAGAAAUGCAAGAGUGACAUUAAGAAGAUGCGCGAGGAGCUGGCGGCCAGAAGCAGUAGGACCAGCUGUCCCUGUAAAUACAGCAAGAGGCUGACCCCUCGGCGCGAUGUCCCCACAUACCCCAAGUACCUGCUCUCCCCGGAGACCGUGGAGGCGCUGCGCCGGCCGACCUUCGACGUGUGGCUCUGGGAGCCUAGUGAGAUGCUGAGCUGCCUGGAGCACAUGUUCCAUGACCUGGACCUCGUCCGAGACUUCAACAUCAACCCCAUCAUGCUGCGCAGGUGGCUGCUGUGCGUGCAGGACAACUACCGCAACAACCCCUUCCACAACUUCCGGCACUGCUUCUGCGUGGCACAGAUGAUGUACAGCAUGAUCUGGCUGUGCCGGCUGCAGGAGAAGUUCCCCCCGCUGGACAUCCUGACCCUGAUGACAGCAGCCAUCUGCCACGACCUGGACCACCCGGGCUACAACAACACGUACCAGAUCAACGCCCGCACAGAGCUGGCUGUACGCUACAACGACAUCUCGCCACUCGAGAACCACCACUGCGCCGUGGCCUUCCAGAUUCUCGCCCGGCCCGAGUGCAACAUCUUCUGCCACGUGCCGCCCGAAGGCUACAAGCAAAUCCGGCAGGGCAUGAUCACAUUGAUCCUGGCCACGGACAUGGCGCGGCAUGCGGAGAUCGCGGACGCCUUCCGGGAGAAGCUGGACAGCUUCGACUACAGCAACGAGGAGCACACCACGCUGCUGAAGAUGAUCCUGAUCAAAUGCUGCGACAUCUCCAACGAGGUACGCCCCAUGGAAGUCGCCGAGCCCUGGGUGGACUGCUUGCUGGAGGAGUAUUUCAUGCAGAGUGACCGUGAGAAGUCAGAAGGACUCCCUGUGGCCCCGUUCAUGGACCGAGACAAAGUGACCAAAGCUACAGCCCAAAUUGGGUUCAUCAAGUUUGUCCUGAUCCCGAUGUUUGAGAUGGUGACCAAGCUUUUCCCCGUGGUGGAGGAGCUCAUGCUGCAGCCGCUCUGGGAGUCCCGAGACCACUACGAGGAGCUGAAACGGAGGGAUGACGCUGCAAAGGAGGGCCUCACGGAACGGAAGACAAUGGAGAACUUGACACCAGGGAGCAGAGCUGCGAAGGCAGACCCACAGAGCUGCGAAGACCAGGCCUGA